AUCCCAAUCAUCCUCUUCCGCCACUGUACAAAGUUCUACAUCUUGAUCAAUUUUUCUUUACUCAAGCCCUAAGCAGGAAAGAUUAUAAGUCUUCCUGGUGAUCAAGAUGACGUAUAUGUCACGGCUCCGUGUUGUGCUUGUGCUGCUUUUCCAUCUCUCACUGAUCGGGCUUACAACCGCCGCUCCCUCAGAUCCCAAGCCGCAGCCCAAGCCAAAGCCGGGAGAUGAUUCCGGAAAGAAGCUGCCGAUGGGGAUCGGUAUCACAGCGGAUGGUCUCAAGGGUCUAAACCCAUUUCGGAAGGAUCUUCCGCCAGAUAACCAAUCUCAUUAUAAAAAGAUCGUUACGGAGUACUUCUCAGUCAUAACUCCCGGAAAUGAAAUGAAAUGGGGUACCAUAGAGCCGAAUCAAGGAGCUUAUCAAUUGGAUGGCGCUGAUGAAAUUAUGAAAUACGCGCAAGACAACAACAAAGAUAUUCACAUACACACUUUGUUUGCCCAUGAUCAAAAUCCACCUUGGGUUAACGGCAUGCAGGCAUGGGAGCUGGAGCAGAAAAUGGUGGCUGUCCUACAACAGGUGAUCAGCAAAUAUGGCAAGAAGGCAACAGGAAUGGAUGUUUGCAAUGAGGUCAUUAACGAAUCAGGACAGCUGGACAAUGGCCCCUGGAAGAAUGCAAUUGGAGAUGGCUGGCUCCAAGGAGCGUAUCAACAUGCUAAAAUAUUUCGCGACCAAUACGCCCCAAACAUGCUUCUCUUCAUAAAUGAUUAUAACAUUGAAAGCAUUAACCAGAAGUCUACUGGACUGCUUGCAAUAGCCAAAGACCUUCAUGAUAAAAAGCUUCUGGAUGCUGUAGGAUUCCAAUGUCACCUUGUUGCGGGUCAAUUCCCAGACAAAUUCAAGGAAAAUUUGGAGCGUUUUACAGCAGUAGGUUUGAAAGUUGCCCUCACUGAAGUGGAUGUCCGAAUCAAUUUGAAUGGCCAGCAAAAGCCCGGCCAACAAGACAUAGACAAAAAAACUCAAGAUUAUAAAAAGGUUUAUGAAACUUGCAGACAGGUGAGGGGAUGCAUUUCAGUCACUACCUGGGGAGUAACUCCUGAUGAUUCAUGGAUUGGACACGUUCAAUUCCAAGGGUAUGGAGCAGCAACUCUUUUUGAAAAUGAUUUCUCACAAACUCCAGCAAUGAAAAAGCUUAUUGAAGCCGGAUUUUUUCCCAAGGUUGGCUCAUAAAGUUGAGGUACAUAAGGGGAUGGAAAAGCACCCCACCACAAGCCAUAAAAACAGUCUGUUCAUGUCAUGUAAUCCAUUCAAUCCAAAUGUAAAAGUACAGAAUCCACAUCAUCUUGCCUUUCACUUUCUUCUCUCUGUGCUACAACUUUUCAGUAUUUUCUUUUUUUGAUUCAAAUCAC